AUGGAAGGUGAGGAUGUUAAAACGGAAGCAUCAAAGAGCACAGUCUUUGAGAUGAUGGCUCGACGUGAUCGUGAGAGGAAGAUGGCAAACGAAAAGAAUCAAAAGGCACGACAGAACAAGACAGAAAAGGAAGGAAUUCAAUACUUUGAAAGCGUUUUUGAUGGAAAAGUAUGUGAAAUAGAGACAACACUUGAUGCUAUGGUUACGUCUAAAGAUUUGGUGCAAUUACAAGAAGAAUUCAAUUCAAUUGUACGAGAUUUGCAGGACCUACAGAAAUAUUUUACUAGCUCAACAUUCUUUUUGAGUGACCAUAAAAUUAAAACAUGUCAAAAUGUAAUUAAUCAGCUAUUAACCAAGUCCGAUGAGACAAAAUCUAGACUUUUGCCUAAAAAGAAGUUUGGAUUCAAGAAUAAAUCGAGUAAGACAAAGCAAGACAGUGACAUUCAGGAUGGUCAAGUGAAGCUAGAAAUUAAGGAGCCGAAAAGGAAGGAAUUUCUAUGGACUGAGUCGCAAAAAACUAAUCAAUUGCUUAAGUACAGCGGUGAUCAAGUCAAUAAUCAAGACUUGACAUUUAAGGAAAUGGAAAAUUGUGUAAUAUUCAUUAAUGGACAUGCUGGAUCACUUCAAAUGUCAAAAAUGAAGAAUUGUCUUGUCCUUUGUGGAGCUGUAUCACGUUCAGUUUUUGCUGAUAACGUUGAGAAUUGUACUUUUGCAUUUGCAUGCCAACAAUUGCGUCUUCAUUCCUCAACAUUCUGCAAUAUUUACAUUUUGGUAACAUCACGGGCAAUUAUCGAAGAUUGUAAGGAUAUUAACAUUGCACCUAAUACUUAUUCAUAUACCGAGUACGAGAGUGAUUUGCAAAAGUCUGGACUUGAUGGAAGCAUUAAUAAUUGGGAGAAUGUUGGAGACUUUAACUGGCUUUCAACUGACAUGCCAUCACCAAAUUGGAACCCAAUUAAGGAUGAUGAGAAGAUUAACGACUGGUCACAAUAUAUUAAUGAUUUUAUUAAUGCACAAAACAUUACUAGUGAUUGA